AUGGAAAAUGCCUCCUCCGUGAGUGAGUUUAUCCUUAUGGGAUUGACAGACCAACCUAAACUCCAGAUACCCCUGUUUUCUCUGUUUCUGCUGAACUAUGUGGUCACUGUGGUGGGCAAUUUAUGGUUGAUGAUUCUAAUUUGUCUAAAUUCACACCUGCACACACCCAUGUACUUUUAUCUCUUCAAUCUGUCCUUCAUUGAUCUCUGUUACUCAUCUGUCUUUACCCCCAAAAUGCUAAUGAACUUUAUUUCCAACAGGAAUGUCAUCUCCUUUACAGGAUGUAUGUCUCAGCUAUUUUUCUUCUGCUUUUUUGUCAACUCUGAGUGCUAUGUGUUGACAGCCAUGGCCUAUGAUCGCUAUGUGGCCAUCUGUAAGCCCUUGCUGUACACAAUGGCCAUGUCCCCUCAGGUGUGUUCUCUGCUGAUGUCUGGUUCAUAUGUGAUGGGGUUUGCUGGAGCCAUAGUCCACACAGGAUCUAUUAUGACGCUGAUAUUUUGUGAUUCCAAUAUCAUUAACCAUUACCUGUGUGACAUCUUCCCACUGCUCCAGCUCUCCUGCAGCAGCACUUAUGCCAAUGAGAUUGUGGUUUCUGCUGUUGUGGGAACAGUUAUCAUAUUAUCUAGCCUCAUUAUCUUCAUUUCUUAUGCUUUGAUUCUUUUCAAUAUCCUUCAUGUAUCAUCAUCUAAAGGUUGGUCCAAAGCCUUGAGUACCUUGAACCACAUUACAACAGUUAGUCUAUUCUACGGAUUUGGGCUGCUCACUCAUGUCAAGCUACAAUCUUCUAGGUUUGUGGAGCAGGGAAAGUUUUUCACAGUGUUUUCCACCAAUGUGGUACCCAUGCUGAACCCUCUCAUUUAUAGCCUCAGGAACAAGGAUGUCAAAAUUGCUGUGAAGACAGUCCUGAGGAGAAUUACAAACUGA